GCUUAAAGCAUCAUCUACUCAUUUCAGGAAACUGCUCACAUGUGAAUAAUCAGUUAGAAGGUAUCAUGUUGGAACAUACCACUGCCAUUCGACGUGUGAAGGAUUCAACACCUGUUAAUGGUGCUCAACAAAGUAUAGAUGAGAAUAGAUCAUCAUCUGCACUACUUUCAGAAGAUUUAAAUAAUUUAAAUAGUGAAUUAUAUAUAGAUUCAGACCAUUUAACACUAUGGCAGCAUCCAAUUACUACAUUGAGUUAUUUUUUUCGAGAACUUUUUAAUAACAUAUUUAGCUUAGGACAAAAGACAUUGCAUUACAAAAAAACAGUAUGGAGCAUAGUAUCAAUAGUUAUAUUAUUUCUGGUAUUGAGUAGAAUUUCAGGUCCACAGCAACAGAUAUUGAAAGCAUGGGAGACAAAAAUAAUUUGGUGGUUAUAUUGGAUAGGUUUAGGUGUUCUUUCCAGUGUAGGGCUUGGUACAGGCUUACACACUUUUGUACUUUAUUUAGGACCACAUAUAGCAGCUGUCACUAUGGCUGCAUAUGAAUGUGGUGGUCUUAAUUUCCCUGAACCACCAUAUCCUGAUCAAAUAAUAUGUCCAACAACAAUUGAUCCAAUGUGGACAGCAGGAGGUGAAUUACCACCAUAUUUUAUGGCUAGAGCUGCUCGAACCAGCAAACAAAUUAAUAAAACUGAAGAAUUUGAUCAAGAAGAUUUAAAAGAAUUAGAAGCUUUAGAAGCAUUAGAAAAUGGAGAAAAUGUUUCAUUAUUAAUUCGAUUAAAGAUAACAAUGAAACACUUUGUACAAAAAGCAGGUUUCUGGGGAAUUCUUGCCUGUGCUUCAAUUCCCAAUCCAUUAUUUGAUCUUGCUGGUUUGACAUGUGGUCAUUAUUUAAUUCCUUUUUGGACAUUCUUUGGGGCUACACUAAUAGGAAAAGCAAUUAUAAAAAUGCACAUUCAACAACUUGCAGUAAUUAUAGCUUUCAAUGAAGAACUUCUAGAUAAAUUUAUAAAACUAUUAACAAUUGUACCAUUCAUUGGUUCGAAAUUUCAAGGGCCAUUGAAAAAAUAUCUUAUUGAACAAAAACAAAAAUUGCACGACAAAACAUCUAUGGAUGGAACAACAACAAUUUCAUGGUUGUUUGAUAAAUUUGUAAUAUUGAUGGUAUGUUACUUUUUAGUAACAAUUAUUCAUGCAUUAGCAAGAAAUUAUCACCGUAAACGAACUAAACAAUGUACUAAUUAA